GGCCACCUCCGGGGACCCCUCACUUCCCAGCCAUGGGACCCCGGGCCAGGGAAGUCUGCUCCCUCAUCAUCCUGCCGCGGCUCCUGGCUGAGCCGGCUGAGAACUCAGACUUCUACUUGGCUGGGGAUUACCUCCUCGGCGGCCUCUUUACCCUCCAUGCCAACGUGAAGGGCAUCGUCCACCUCAACCUCCUGCAGGUGCCCCAGUGCAAGGGGUAUGAAAUAAGGGUGUUGGGCUACGAUCUCACGCAGGCCAUGCGCUUUGCAGGGGAGGAGAUCAACAGCCAGAGCAGCCUGCUGCCUGGCGUGCUGCUGGGCUACGAGGUGGUGGCUGUCGGCCGCACCUCCAACGACGUCCAGCCCGUGCUCCACUUCCCGGCAAAGGAGGACUGUUCCUUGCCCAUCCAGGAGGACUACAGCCACUGGGUGCCCCGUGCGGUGGCUGUCCUCGGCCCUGGCAACUCUGAGUCCACUGUGACGGUGGCCCGCUUCCUCUCCCUCUUGCUCCUUCCACAGGGGAGGCCCCUGGGUCCUGGGAUCACCUACAGCGCCAUCAGUGACGAGCUACGGGACAAGCAGCGCUUCCCGGCCCUUCCGCGCACAGCGCCGGGCGCCGAUCACCAGACUGAGGCCAUGGUGCAGCUGAUGUUGUACUUCCGCCGGAACUGGAUCAUCGCGCUGGUGAGCAGCGGCGACUACGGCCGCGACAACAGCCAGCUGCUCAGCGAUCGCCCGGCCGGCGGCGACAUCUGCAUCGCCUUCCGGGUGACGCUGCCCAUGCCCCAGCCGAACCAGGCGGUGACGCAGUGGGAGCGCCGGCGCCUGAAGGCCAUCGUGGACGAGCAGCGGCAGAGCUCUGCGCGCGUCGUGGUCCUGUUGUCGCCAGAGCUGGUCCUGCACAACUUCUUCCGCGAGGUGCUCCGCCAGAACCUCACGGGCGUCGUGCGGAUCGCCUCCGAGUCCUGGGCCAUCGACCCGGUCCUGCACGACAGGCCCACGCGCUGCACAGGCUCCUGGGCUGCACCCAGACCAGCCGCUCCUAGCGGGUCGUUUAUCCCUGGCAGGGAUGUGGACACCCAGUCUCGUGGGCUUCGCUUCCUUUCCCUGUGGCCUCUCCAGCUGCUUCAGGAAAUCUGGAAGGUCAACUUCACCCUCCUGGGCCACCGGAUCUUUUUUGACCAGCGAGGGGACCUACUCAUGCGCCUGGAGAUCAUCCAGUGGCGGUGGGACCUGAGCCGACCUUUCCGGAGCAUCGCCUCCUACCGCCCGGUGCUACGACGGCUGAGGGCCAUCCGUGACGUCUCCUGGCACACGGCCAACAACACGAUCCCUGUGUCCAUGUGUUCCAAGGACUGCCAGCCGAAGAAGAAGCCUGCUGGUAUGCAUCCCUGCUGCUUCGAGUGUCUCGACUGCCUUCCAGGCACCUUCCUCAACCAAACUGCAUACGAGUUUGGCUGCCGGCCCUGCCCGAGUUGCGGGUGGUCCCGGAGGAACGACGCCUCCUGCUUCAAGCGGCGGCUGGCCUCCCUUGAAUGGCGAGAGGCACCUGCCGUCGCUGUGGCCGUGCUGUCCAUCCUGGGCUCCCUCCGCACCCUGGCCAUCUUGGUGAUCUUCUGGAGGCACCGCCACGCGCCCAUGGUUCGCUCGGCCGGGGGCCCCAGGUGGUUCCCGAUGCCGAUGCCACUGCCGCUGGCAUAGGUGACGGUCCCCAUGUGCGUCGGGCAGCCCGCGUUUUUCACGUGCCUCGGCCGCCAGACCCUCUUCGCCCUCUGCUUCACCGUCUGUAUCUCCUGUGUCACCGUGCGCUCUUUCCAGAUCGUCCGCGUCUUCAAGAUGGCCAGGCGCCUCCCGCGUGCCUACGGCUACUGGGUCCGCUACCACGGGCCCUGUGUCUUCGUGGCAGGCAACGUGCUGGCCACGACCGCCGAGCCCGCCGCCCGCCCCGGCCCCGAUGACCCCAAGAUCAUGGUUCUCGCCUGCAACUACCACAAAGUGCUGCUGUUCAACACCAGCCUGGACCCGCUCCUGUCCGUGGCGGGCUUCAGCUUCGCCUACGUGGGCAAGGAGCUGCCCACCACCCACAACGAGGCCAAGUUCAUCACCUUCCGCAUGACCUUCUACUUCACCUCUUCCAUCUCCCUCCGUACCUUCAUGUCUGUCUACGAGGGGGUCCUGGUCACCAUCCUGUACCUCGUGGUCGCAGUGCUCAACCUUCUGGGCUCUUGGCCCCUGGGCUACUUCGGCCCCAAGUGCUGCGUGGUCCUCUUCUAACCGGAUCGCAACACGCCCGUCUACUUCAGCAGCAUGAUUCAGGGCUACAGCACGGGAAGGACUAGCACUGCCCCCUGGCUGCCCAGGGGGCCAGAGGGCUCCGCCCUGGGAGAUGGAGACCCGGGCAAAUUCUGGGUGUCGUCUUGCGGUGCUUGGGCCCCCCAUGUGCUCGGAGCCGCCCCGGCACCGCUGAACCUGGAAGACGCUGCCAUGCUGAGUUUAGCUGUGCCCGUGCCCAUCACCCUCGAUGGCGGGAGGAGCCCUGAGUUCGCCGUCCAGGGGUCAGAGCCGGCCUGUCACAGCUCACCAGGGAGCCCCAACUUCCCUGCCGACGCCUCCGAGCUGCAGCCUGGAGAGGCUGAGUGA